GACGCAAAAUAAUUUUAUUUUUAUUCUAUGAUGUCAUCGAAUGACUCAUCCAGUGAUCUCUCCAGAAACGAACUAUGACCAUAAACGUGAUGAUGUAAUUUUUCUGUUUGUUUUUGUGAAAACAAGAAUCUAAAUUUUAAUUAAAAACAUUAUAAUCUUAUGUAUUCUCGAAUUAAUGAAAAGAAUUUAUCAGCUGAUCGUUUAAACGUAGCUGAUAUUUUAUCAUCUAUGGCGAAUGGCGCAGAAGAUUCUUCUCCUUCUGUUAAUUGUUCCACAAUUGAGGGGCUAACAUGUGGAAUUACUCGAACAACCCCUACUUUAACUCCUACCACCUUAAAAAACAUUGAAGAAUCUUUUAUGGAGUAUAGUUCUAUACCUCCUGCUCCAUUAGAACAUCAACAUCAAGCUGGUUUUGCCCCUCCUGUAGUUUCUUUUGCAAAUUUACCCAAACAAGAGGAUAAUAGAUGGGUCGAUGACUGCUUACAAUCUUCUGACAGAUCUUUAGAUUCUCCUCGUCCACCAUCUGAAGCAUCUUCAAGCUCUCGUGCAUCUAAGUCUGGUAGGAGUGGUGGAAGGCGUCCGAUAAGAGAUGAUAAGCUAAGUCCAGAAGAAGAAGAGAGACGAAGAAUUAGAAGAGAACGUAACAAAUUGGCAGCAGCACGAUGCCGAAAAAGACGCAUGGAACUUACCAGCAAUCUGAUGAAUGAAACGGAUGGUUUGGAAGAGAGACGUUCUCUUCUUCAAAAUGAAAUUCACAUGCUUACUCUUCAGAAAGAAGAAUUAGAAUUUAUACUUGAAGCUCAUAAAUCCACGUGCAAGUUACACUUGCAUUCUUCAAAAAACAACAAAUCUGUUGAUGUGAAACCUAAUGUUAACAGGUUGAAGCCAUACAAUCGUCCCAACUCCCUCCCACUCUCUUCAAGCUUUAAUAGUAACAACGAAAAUAAGUCACCUUCAGAUGCUCUCAAUUCUGUUUUAAACACUCCAUCCAAUGGGCUUUUCCAAUUCGAGUCUUUAAUGGACAACAGUGCCACCUCAUGUGUCAUAUCAUCUUGUAGUGGUCAACAACGUAGUUCAAGUAGUGACCUAUCUAGUCCAGAUACAAUUGCACCUCCUAAGCUUGUUUCCUUGUGAACAUGAAAUUUAGAUAAGCUUUUUUUUUAUUAUUGUAAAUGGAUCAUUUUUACUCCACCUAAAAUCGAGUAACCUCCUAUCACGGCAUCUUAUUCAUUGGAGUAAUCGAGUCAAUUUAUUUAAAUAAAUUCUGUUAAAAUAUAAACUUUUUACAAGAUUUUUGUUCUUUAUGCUUUCUUAGUGUGAGUUAAUUUCUAACGAAUGCUUCAGGCAUCAGAUAAAAAAAUAUUUAUGAUAAAAUUUAACUAAAUCAUUACUCUCUCUGGUGUCUUAUUUUUUGAAUUCUUCAAAAUGAACACAUAAUUUUCAUGCAUUUUGUUGCACAUCUACCACUUAUGUUAAGUGUUGCAACAUGACGAUGAAAAUUAUUUGCGAAAUUUAAAAGAGAAAAUUAUAAAAGCAUACAAGUUGUUUCUUUUGUUUGAAACCUUGACAUUUUAAGGAAAAAUUUAAUGAAAAACUGUUUUAGAUUAUGUGUGAUGUUUUUUUUAAUUUUUUUUUUAUCAAAUCUGUAAGAUAUUGUAUUGGAAGUUACUGUGUCAGUUUCCUAUUGUUUUAUAAUGCUGUGUUCUUACUAAAUUAAGAGUUCAAUUUUUCUGAAUUUUUUUUUCUUCAUUCAGUAUUUUUAAAACAUGAUCUUUCAAAUAAGAAAAUUUUAUUGUAACUGUAUGCUUCCAGGGGUCUGUCCAGACCAAAUUUACUACCGUUUAGCGGUACCUUCACAAAUUCAAACAUGGAAAAACGGUAGUUUCACAAAAUACUUUUUCAUAAAAAUAUUUUUUUGUAUCGCAUAAGAAAUGAUAAUACCAUAUUCUCGUGUUGAUUUUUUAUUAUAAUUUUUAAUUUUCACAAAUUAUGUCUAAAUUUUCACAAAAUAGGUACCUCUCAGAAAAACCUAGACAGACCCCUGGCCUUCCAACGAAUUUAUUUGUGCUAUUUUUUUUUAAUUGAUGAUAUUUUUAGAAUUUUUUUUAUUAGUAUUAUAAUUAUAAACUUGAAAAUUACAACAAGAGAAAAACAUACUUUAGAGUUGGAAUUGUUUUUGUCAUUUUAAGCAUGUUUGCAACGCAGUAAAUGUGGUUAAUUUAAAUAUAUUGAAAUAAUAAUAAAAAUUUUCAGUUAAUAUACAUUUGUUCAUUUGCUUUUCAUUUUCCUCAUUUUAUUUGCAAGUCUUAAAAGAGUAUUGUUAAUGUUACUGGUUAAGUCGAAUGAUUUAAAAAUUUUAUUAUGGAGGCCGUUUACAUGAAUAUCUUUAAAACCAGAAAUGUUUUCUGUGUUUCCUUCUGUGUGGUAAAUGUUAAAAUUGUCUUUGAUUUUGUUAAAAACAUUUAAGUUUAACUGUUUGUAUUUUAACAAAAAAUUAACACAUUUUAAUUUGCAAAAAGAAAUUCAAAUAGAAAUUUUUUUAUUAUUACUCUCUUUAUUUUAUUUCUUGAAGACCAAUGGCUUAAAAUUCUGUAUUUACUAUUUUGAAAUUGAUUUUUAUUGCUUUGUCUUACACUUUUACCUAAUCAAAUGCUUUCUUUAGGCAAGCAAGAUUUACUAGUCAACUAUUAUAGACAUUUCUUUUCACCUAUAAAUAAAAGAUUAGGUUAUUGAACAUGAGCAUGAAUUUGCUAAAUUUCUAAAAACUAGUAUUAUAGAAAAUUGGAUGCCUGAAUGCCUCUGUUAUUUUUAUCUGAUUUAAAUUUCUAUUCUAUUUAACUAACAUUUCACGCUUUUGAUUUAAAUUUGCUAAUGAACUUAUUUUGCUUUAAAAUAUUUCUGAUUGCCUAGUUAUUCAAGUAUUAAAUGAAUCUUUUUAUUACUUUAUCUUAAGGAGAAAAAAGUUGUGAAAUAAGUUGUUUUAUAUAAAAAUUUGUAUAAGUCAGUACGCUUUUUCGCAUCCGUUUUUGAUUUUAUUAAGUUUAUGUCAUUAUUUGAAAUAUUUUAUGCGUAUUUUUAAUUAAAAUAUUUUGAUUUUAUCACAGCUUUUUGUUGUACUUUUAUUAUUAUGAAUCCUUCUUUUAAAUUUACUGUUUUUUUUCUUCCUCUUAAUGUAUUUAUUUUGGAAUUAUUCGGAAAUUAAGUUGCAUAUUAUUUCAAAUUAUUUUGUAGCAUGAUUAGUAUUCAUUGAGGAGAUUUUAUAUUAAUAUUUGAUCUCAAAAAAUGUAAAUAAAUAUACUGAAUGCAUACAUGUGUUUUAUCCAUUACUUACAUGUAAACUCAUGAUUGCUCACACAACUGUUGCCUUAUUAAGCAGAAAAUCAUUAGCCUUUUUGCUCGCUCACAUCUUAAAAUUCAUGAGUCAUGAAAUGUGUUGACCCUUUUACCAUCUCGGCAAAACUUUUUCUCUCCAGUUUGCUAUUGAAUAACAUUUCCCCACAUCAAUAUUGGAUGAAACUUUAUUGUUUGCAACUAUUUUUCAUAAUUAAGUAAUAGAAAUGGAAACAUCUGAAAUGAUAUGUUUUAAUCCAAAAACUACUAUUAUAUAUAAAAGAAAAGAGUUAUUUCACUAAAAGUAUUGUUGGGUUAUCUCUAUUGAUAAUCAAAGGGUUUCUCUUAUCCUGUUAAAAAACUGUGGUGCCAAAGUAAGCCCUGGAGGGAAUAAAGAAAAAGGUUUAAAGGGUUAAACCAUAACAAAAUAUAUAACAAUAUUUUGUAAUCGCAAAUAUAGUAAUAUAAUUUUCUUACUAAUUUAUUUUCGAUACAAAAUUUAUGAAAUUCUUUUUAAUAUUUUUAUAUCUUUACAAGAGGUGCUUUUUCUAAAAUGUGUGCUAGUCAAAUAUAUUCUUUAGUGUCUUUUUAAUGUGUAAAUUUUAUAGGUGAUAAGCUUAAAACGAUAUAUUCUUAUGUAAUAGUCAAUCUUAUAGUGAUAUAAAUUUGUAAGAAACUUCCAAUAGGAUUAAGCUUUCUGUUAUAUGUAUUGAAACUAUUGCUGAUAUUAGAACUAUCCAAUAUAUAUGAUGCAAUCUCAUCUUUAUACUAACAGCUGCAUUUUUUGUUUGUUUAAUUUACGUAUGUGCUUUAUUCAUAUUUUAUAAACUCAAUAAACGUAAAAUUUUUUUUGUAUUAUUGAAACUGUGUUUUAUUUUAGUUAUUUUAAAUUUCCAAAAGUGAUACAAAACAUACCUGUUAUAUAUUAGUAUUCUAUUCUAUGUGUGUUUAAUUUAGUAGUAAUUCUGUGUGAUAUUGAUAUUUAAACCUCAUUUGUUAUUUAUGUUUCAUUAAACAUAUUCUCAUUUUAUCGUUUACAUAAGAAUAUUUCAUAAAAUUUUGUUCAUGUAUAAUGGACAGAUAAUUGUGUGUAUAUGACAAAUUUUUUUAUCAUGCCAUUUGCUUGGUUUCGUAUAUAAUCACAUGCAUGAAAUAAAAAUUUUCUGUUGUGAA